CUCUUUGAUUUCUUCCGACGCAAGCGUAGUUUGAACCGGGUAAGAUCUGGCGUGCGCAUGCGCUUUGCCGGCUCCCUCCCUCCUCUGGUUCUGACGAAACCUGCACCAUGAACACAGCACAGGGCACAGUAGGCAGCGACCCUGUCAUCUUGGCCACUGCCGGCUAUGACCACACAGUUCGCUUCUGGCAGGCCCACAGUGGGAUAUGCACCCGGACCGUCCAGCACCAAGAUUCUCAGGUCAAUGCUCUCGAGAUCACCCCAGAUCGAAGCAUGAUUGCUGCUGCAGGCUAUCAACACAUCCGUAUGUAUGACUUGAACUCCAAUAACCCAAACCCUGUUAUCAACUACGACGGUGUCAGCAAGAACAUCACCUCUGUUGGCUUCCAUGAAGAUGGUCGCUGGAUGUACACGGGAGGCGAGGACUGCAUGGCCCGCAUCUGGGACCUCAGGUCCCGCAACCUCCAGUGCCAGCGCAUUUUCCAAGUGAAUGCCCCCAUCAACUGUGUCUGCCUCCAUCCCAAUCAGGCAGAACUUAUUGUUGGGGACCAGAGUGGGGCCAUUCACAUUUGGGACUUGAAGACGGACCACAAUGAACAGCUCAUCCCAGAGCUGGAAGUCUCUGUCAACUCUGUUCAUAUUGAUCCUGAUGCCAGCUACAUGGCUGCCGUUAACAGUUCAGGAAACUGUUAUGUGUGGAAUCUCACAGGUGGCAUCGGAGACGAGGUGACGCAGCUCAUCCCAAAGACAAAGAUUCCUGCGCACAGCCGCUAUGCUCUCCAGUGCAAAUUCAGCCCAGACUCCACGCUUUUGGCGACCUGUUCUGCUGACCAAACCUGCAAGAUCUGGAGGACCUCUAACUUCUCUCUGAUGACGGAAUUGAGCAUCAAGAGCAACAAUCCAGGGGAAACCUCCCGUGGCUGGAUGUGGGACUGCGCGUUUUCAGGGGACUCUCAGUACAUUGUCACAGCUUCCUCGGAUAAUCUGGCCAGGCUCUGGUGUGUGGAAACGGGCGAGAUCAAGCGGGAAUACAGUGGGCAUCAGAAAGCGGUUGUCUGCCUUGCUUUCAACGACAGCGUCUUGGGCUGAGGAGGAAGGCUGUGCUCACAAGAUUGCUGCAAGACUGUGGUUUUUUUUUUUUUGGUCAGGUGUGCAAAGACUGUGUUGCCACCCACAGCUGCCUUUUCUGCAGAAGAGCCGGAUUCAAGUGAAACUAACUGAAGGCACCUUAACCAUCUUAGUCCUUUGCACAGUGGCAGGCAGUUUUAAAACAGAACCCCCAAAUUUUGUUUGGCGUAAGAUCUUUGUGCAAAAGCAUCGCUUAACAAAGAGUAGUUUGUAAGGAGAAACUAUGACACUCAUCACCAAUGUUACUGUAUGGGAUGGAUCUCCCAACACAGGGUUUCAACUUGC